UUGCGCCGGCAUGGAUCUCGAAAUAGUGGCCCUACAUCGAUCGCUUUGCGCCGCACGACGCAGAAGCAACAGCCAUGCCUCAAUCAUGUAAAGACAUCCGAGCAGCUCUGGCCUUUUGCCUCCAGAACAGCGACUGCAUCCUUGUCGAGCGGAACAGUCCUGGCGACUGCUUACGCCCACCGCUGAAGUACACGCUCCCCACGCAAUGCCAGCAACUACAAAAGGGCUACGCCGAGUGCAAGAAGGGCAUGAUCGAUAUGCGCAAGCGAUUUCGAGGAAAUCGACCAAUCUCUGUACAGGGGCAGCUGGAGACUGGCGCGUUCGGACAUGGGAGGAGUGAGGCCGACGAGAAAGCGGGCACAAUUGAGGAGAAGGGAUACAUGCUGUACGCUGGGCGGCCGUACAAGGAUGUCAAGGAGACCAAGGGCGAUGAAGAUCCUGAGAACAAGGGCUUGGACAGGUGACAAUGGUCUUGGAAAGCGCAAGACCGAAUGAACAGCAUCACAGGCGUUAUGGGCAUGGGGCAUACGGGCACUCUCCUCUAUGUAUCAAUACUGCACUGUGAACCAUUAUGUGAAAAUACUGCAUCAUAUUGCCAUGCAAGAGCUGCGACUUGA